AUGGGGUAUGAGCCACUACGCAAGGCUUUGCAAAGUGGUGAUUGGAAUUCUGCAAAAAAAUUCCUUGAGCUCCAUCCCGAUUCAAAGAGCGCAACAAUUACUACUUUGGGCAAGACUGCUCUUCACUUGUCUGUUGAGGCGGGACAUGUCCAUAUAGUGGAAGCGUUGGUGGAGCAAAUGUCGGAAGAUGACUUGGAAGUACAAGACAAUUUCGGUGACACAGCUCUACUGGAGACAACAUACAGUGGACAGCACAAGAUGGCAGAGUGCAUGCUUAGAAAGAACAAAAAGUUAGUCACCAUGGGAAGAGGUAGAGGCGAUGAGAGCCGAAUGCUGCUUCCAGUUGUUCUGGCUCUUGCAAAUGGACAUAUAAAAAUGGCUCGAUAUCUUUAUUCUCUCACUCCGCUGGAAGAUCUAUUUCCAGAAAAGGGCAGGAGCGGUUCUACACUUUGUACCCAAGCUAUAUAUACCAGAGCUUUAGAUAUUGCUUUGGAUCUAAUCCGACGCUGUCCACGUUUGGUUCUUGCUCCGGACAAAGACAACAUCAGCCCUUUUUACGCAUUGGCUUCUAAGAAGUACGCAUUCCCAAGCGGACAUAGUCUCGUGUUUUGGAAACGAUGGAUCUCCUCUUGUAUACACAUUCAAUCGGCAAAUGGUACGACUACCGAUGAAUUUCAUUUGAUAAUUCAAAAAGACGAGGGACGCCAAAGCGAUGCAGUAAAAACUAGCAGAUCAUCAGAUCAGGAAGGAAGGGCUAAAGGUAACGUUUAUCUAGCCAUUUUCCGUUCAAUCAAAGAAGGGGCUUUUGAGUUUGUUCACGAUGUAGUGAAAGCGAAUCCAGAUCUUGUGUGGAGCUAUGAUGGCAAUUUUAGAAAUAUAUUCUUCUAUGCUGUUCUUUGCCGCCAAGCCAAAAUCUUUAGUCUUAUAUUUGGAGUAGAUGUGAAGAACAACAUGGUAUAUGAUACAGAUAAUUCCGACAACAAUAUAUUACAUAUGGCAGGGAUGCCACCAGUUUCCGUUAUGCUUAAUCGCAUACCAGGUGCAGCUUUACAAAUGCAAAGAGAAUUACAAUGGUUUAAGGAGGUCGAGAGUAUUGUCCAUCCAAAGGUCAAGGAAGCUGAAAAUAAUGAUGAAAUGACUCCACGAGAGUUGUUUACAAAAAAUCACAAGGACCUAAUGAAAGAGGGUGAGACAUGGAUGAAGGAUACAUCAACUUCUUGCACAGUGGUAGCUGCUCUGAUUCUUACUAUCAUGUUUGCUGCAGCCUUUACCGUUCCAGGAGGCAAUAACCAAGACACAGGCUUGCCAAUAUUCUUCAAUAAAAAAUUGUUUAAGCUCUUUAUAAUAUCUGAUGCUCUAUCACUAUUUUCCUCUGCAUCUUCAGUAUUGAUGUUCUUGGGAAUCCUCACAUCACGAUAUGCAGAAGAAGACUUCUUUAAAUCCUUGCCCACAAAGAUGAUAAUAGGCCUUUCCACUCUUUUCUUCUCCAUUGCAACCAUGAUGAUAGCCUUUUCUGCAGGACUUUUACUUAUGUUAUGUGAAGAAUCAUGGAUGGUUAUUCCUGUCAUAUCUUUGGCUAGUAUUCCUGUCACCCUUUUUGUAUUGAUGCAAUUCCCCCUUCUUGUAGACAUGUAUAUUUCAACUUAUGGACCCGGCAUCUUUGAUAGGAAAAUGGAACAGUGGUUGUAACUUAUUCAAUACGAUCUAAAGACGUUCAAUUAGCGACUGAGAAAGCUGCCAACAUUUAU